AUGUCUGCUGUGGCUAUAGGGAAGACGGCUCCUAGGUUGAUUAUCGACCUUCUUGAUUACGAUCCGAGAUUCCGCGAACAACGACCGGGCAAGAACCUAAUUGCUGAUGCUGCCCCGCGCUUCCUGGGCGCCUGUCCGCCGAGGAAGCUUCCCAACGAAUGUCGGCACAGUCUUAUGAAGAAGGACUUGCGGACUGUGGCCCCUGUCUCGAAUGAUGAACUGCCCGAUAGCUCAACAAAGUACAUAGUUCCAACAUAUUGUUCGGCAUGCCGGUAUCAUUUCGAGAUCACCAUGGACUUUACUCAAUGGCAAGACAACCACGUUCCCUGCAGGUUAUCUGAUCAGGACAACCCUUUACAUCAUCUUCAGCUCGCCGAGUCUAUAUAUGCAGGAGCGCACCCGGAUCGCCUUGUGCCAACCAAAUAUGACCCAACCAUCGAGAUCCAUAAGUUCGUUUGCUCAAGCGAGACUUGUCCGCUGCAAGUCACUAUAAAAGUAUCCGCGCCGAGGUUUAGUAGAAACUUGAUGACUCUCCUGGAACCGUCAAAACUCAUAGCGCGUGGAGUAAAGGAGAUCCAAGCUGAACCUCUAAGAUUCGAAGGGUUGGGACCGGUAUCCACGUUGCAGGCCUUGGACUAUCUACGCACAUACCUCAGAGAUACUAAGGCUGCAGGGGAUACGGGGCCUAAACGGAUAGCCAAACGCAACAAGAAGUUUGCUCUUGCGUAUAGUAACGAGUGCGACGCCCUUUUCGAGUAUCUGGACUUCACAACCGUGCAGGACGGAGAGACUGAGGGAGAUUCACCUCAGUUCUGGCUACCACCCACGAUCACAAGCAUGAAUCGUGAACUCAUCAACGAUUUUUUGGCUGAGCUGGACGUACUGCUUGAAGCAAGGCCGGCCUCCGAGAAACAUCUUGCGAAAGUGCUCAUCCACACCAGACCGUUACCGGCCCUAAAGGACAUUGAACGUAGUCUAGGGUACUUUGAAUAUCCUACAAGAUCGCGGACUGUAAAUCUUGAGGCUGAGGAACACCCGUACUACCUGAGCUUGGGCGCUGUGGAUGACUUCACCGACGAGUUCUUGAGUUGGGCUUACGACAGGCAAUGCCAGUGUGAUCCACCGAAUAAACCGUACUAUCUGGACUGUUUAGAAGAUCUUGCAAAAGGCAGAGGUAGCUCUGAUCUGGAAACGAAAGUCGUUAUGGCUACGUCUGCUGGCGAAUAUGGCUUGAAAGCUAUCGAAGGAGCAUACCGAUUCUUUGGCUUAGACCCGAACACCAAGGAAGGGGACGAGCAUAUCAUGGGCGUCUACAAAUCCAGGAUAGAAUCUGCGCCUCGCCAAAAGGAAGAAGCAAAGAACUGCCUUCUUGCCAUUGCAAAAGCAAGAAAUUCUGAAAAGAUCCAGGCCCUCGCAAACGAUAGAACGAUGACUUUCGAAGAGGCGCUUGAGUUCUUGAAUAUCUCAUCUGACACCGCUUCUGAUAGCAUCGAGGCUGCAGCUGUGGCGAUGUCUCUUGAGGCCGAUAACUCUAAAGUCGCGAGAGCCUUGAGAGUCAUUGCAAAUCACCGGGACGGAGAUUAUGCUUUGGAACGAGCAGCCGCAAAUAUGGAAUUAGACAACGUUGGUUCAACCCUCGAUAUUGGCGAAGCCUACAAUCGGCUCCAGAUCGGCGCUCGCAACGCCCCAGAUGAAACUGUUCUUGCGUACUACCAGAGUCUCAUGAACGAUGCCGCGCCCGGGUCCAAGGACAGCUAUACCGAAGCGCUACGUGUCAUUGCUUGUGAUAGACAGAGUCAUUUUCUACUUACAAAGCUCGAUGAUCCUAACGCUGUCGUUCAUGCCGCUCCCAGCACAGCAAGCCAACCCAUCGGGCUCGACAACAUCGGCAAUACUUGCUACCUAAACAGUCUCCUCCAAUAUUACUACACGGUCAAGCCUAUUCGGAACGUUGUAAUCGAUUUCCAAAAUCAUCGCAUGGAGCUUAAUGAUGAAGACAUUAAAAAGAAGCGAGUUGGUGGUCGAACUGUUGCGAAGUCAGAAAUCAUCAAGGCCCAGAAGUUUGUGGACGAAUUACAACACCUCUUUGAGAAUCUUAAAACAGCAUCGACACGUUCAAUAAAGCCGACUAGAGAACUUGCAGAGUUGACCCUCUUCAGCUCAGCCGCGGAGGCAAAUUUCCGGAGAGCGUCGAUUAGUAGUCCCAGCGGUCCACCACCAAAUCUGACCUCUAUGUUCGGUGACCCUCCUGUAUAUGGCCCAGUAUAUGGUCCCCAGCUUCCGCCCCCGCCGUCGCAACCUCCCCCGAUAUUAAUCGAGGAUGAUAUCGAGAUGGUGGACCAUCCCGAAGAUAAGAAUGACGAUGAUAGCAGCGAAGCAACUCUCGUCGAUAUGGAAACCCUUCCAAAUUAUGAGGAUGUCUUCAUCAAAGAUGCUACGGUAUCAUCGAGGCCCCAGAAAAAUGAAACUCUAGAUGGUGAUGCUAUUAUGGUCAAUGGCGAUGAUACAGCCAAAGAUGGGAAACCUGUACCCGAGAAACAACCCCCUUUACCGCCGCGGAAUAAAUCGGGGCUUGUCAUCCAGACAAAUGACAAAGAUGUGGUUUCGGAUGAUGAGCUAUGGAAAUUUGGCUCCCAACAGGACGUUACCGAGGUCAUUGGAAACGUCAAUUUCCGGUUACUGUGUGCUUUAAAACCAACUAGCAUCGAUAUGAGCUCAGGAGAGCAGAUGGACAUUGUCAGGGACACUCUCUACGGAGCCAACGCUGUCUACCUCCAGAAGGCGGAGACGCCCGAGAGGAAGGUGGAAGCUUGGUCAAAUCUUAUUGUCUUCCCCGCGCCCGUCGGGUCCCGAGAUAUUUACGAGACACUCGAUGUGGUCUUUGAUGAGCAGAUUGUCGAAAUCGACAAUACUACAGCGGCGCAGCAUGCUUCAAUAGCCAAACUCCCUCCAAUCUUACAUAUCCAAAUCCAGCGUACGGCAUUCGACCCGGUUAAGCAAAUAGCAUCGAAGAACCGGAAUCCAGUCAUAUUUCCGGAGACAAUAUAUUUGGACCGAUAUAUGGAUUCCCAAGAACCCGACUCGGCGUUAAUGCGCCGACGUCGAGAGACAUGGAGGUGGAAGGCGCAGCUCAAGGUGCUCGAGGCUCGACAGGCCGCUUUAAAGAACACAGAGGCAGAAAUGUCAGUUGCGGAUGCACUCAUCGCAACAAAGGACUACAUCAAUGUUCUCCAGGAGGAGGAGGUUGACGGUAUUUCGAUUAACUCGGACCUUCCGGAUCUUCUCGAAGAGCGCACCGCAGAAAUUGUGGAGGAGCUCGGAGUGAUUAACAAAGAGAUUGCUGGUCUUAAGCAAAGCCUAACCGAACAAUUUACAGAUAUGCGCCAAUACGAAUACAAGCUACAGGCGGUAUUCAUACACCGUGGUGAGGCCGGCGGUGGGCAUUACUGGGUCUAUAUUUAUGAUUUCGAGAACGAUAUCUGGCGAGAAUACAACGACGAAUAUGUCACGGAAGUCAAAGACCGUCGCCGUAUCUUCGACCACCAGGGUGGAACCGGUGGGACGCCUUAUUACCUUGCCUAUGUGCGAAGCUCGGACACCAAAGACUUAGUCGAGGCUAUUUGCAGAGAGGUCCCGGAGGUCGAAAUGACAGGCGUCACGGACACCUGGGCUGGCGAUAUAGAAGCCGGUACCGUUGGAGAAGACGAUGAAAACGUUACUGUCAGACAUAUCGAGCAUGCAAGACCCAGGCCGUUACGGCCCAAACCUACUCAGGGAUUUGAUACUGUUGGGAACUGGGAAAACACUAUUGGGGACAACCUUGACGCUAAUGGUCGACCAUGGUAG